ACCCCGGAGGGGUUGCGAGGUUCUGUGUAUGAGAUAGCAAAGGACCAACAUGGAUGUCGAUUUCUUCAACGUCUAUUAGGAGGGUCAAACGGAGAUGGAGAAUUUGUCCGUAUCAUUAUGAACGAAGUUGUCCCACAUGUAGCGGAGUUGAUGACAGAUCAAUACGCCAAUUUUCUUAUUCAAAAGCUCUUUGACAUGAUGCCUCAGGAUGUGCGUUACAAGGUGGCACGUGUUGCUGCCCCAAAAAUUAUAUCCAUUGCGCUCACACCGCAUGGGACAUUCAGCGUGCAGAAAAUGGUUGAAACCAUUGCCUCACGUGAAGAAAUGGAUAUUCUGCGGGAGGCUUUGUCAAAGGAUGUUGUUCGAUUGGUUAAGGAUGCCCAUGGAAAUCAUGUCAUUCAAAAAGUGCUGCAACGCUUCAGUCACGCGGAUAAGGAAUUUAUUUACGCUGCGGUGGGAUCGGACUGCAUUUCCAUUGCCAAAAAUAAGCAGGGAUGUUGUGUACUUCAGCGGUGUCUUGAGUAUGCGUCUUGUUCACAAAGGGCAACUCUAGUAAAUCAAAUACUGCGCUGCUGCUUGCAGAUUGCGGAGGAUCCUUUUGGAAAUUAUGUCUUGCAAUACGUUUUGGAGUCCAAUGACAGUAAAACAACUGACACGAUUGCAAUCGCAUUUCUUCCACAUUUAGUUCAACUUUGCAUGAAUAAAUUCAGCUCCAACGUGAUAGAGAAGGUGUUACGUGGCGCAUCGCAGCCUGUCCAAGAGAUGUACGUGGAAACCAUGUGUUCCCCCGAUGUUGUUUCUCGUCUCAUCCAAGACGAUUUUGGUAAUUAUGUGCUUCAAACCGCCCUCACCAUUUGUUCAUCGGCUCAGGCGGAGUCACUUGUGUCUGCCGUUCGCCCCCUCAUGCCCAUCAUUAGGAACGCUCCAUAUGCGAAGAAGUUGGAGGGGAAAAUUGAUGGCAUUGUUCACAAAACAGCCGGAAACGACAGAAAUUCCUUCGCUGAAUACGAGAAAAGCCGUCAAGGGGAAAUGAAUGAACAGAAUUGCGAUAUUUUGUUGCCACACCACGCCCGGGAGUCCAGCGUGGCGCCGCAUCAGCAACUUUCCAGCUGA